GGGAAAAAAUCCCUGAAGUCUCCAACCGUCAACCUCUCUCCGGCCCCCUGAGUUGGAUCUCACCACCAUUGUUGCCGAUCAUCUCUGAUCUCAUCAUCUUCACCGAUCACCACCAAACAGCCACUCUCUCUACUCAAAAUCACAGAAAACCUCUUGUAUAUCUUCUCUGUAACAGCCGCACAAAAGGGACAAAACUCUCAGAAAUUUCCAGCUUGUUCUCUCUGUGAUUAAUGCGGAAACAGCAACGGUAGAGAGGAGAAGAUUCGGGGCAGAAAGGCAGAAGAGAAAAGGAGCUUGGGGUGAUUUCCGGUGUCUUUUCGGUGCUUCUCCGGUGGCUGUUCCUGCCCUGCGGCUUGCUGCUUUUGUCUGAUUUCUCUCGCUUAGGUAUCGAUCUUUACAGAGGAGCUUGAGAAUUGUUUUUUAUUGCUGAAGGUUCAGGGACUAUCCCGUGGGUGGGGUACCCUGAAUCCGAAGCAAAAAUCUACCACUCCAACUUCGCCCCUUUCUUGAUAUGUGCAUUUGUGUUGAUUGUGAAUCUAGAUCUGUAGAAACGAGGGGAUGGCACAGAAAGGAGAGGAGGGCAGCCACGGGAAAAAAUCCCUGAAGUCUCCAACCGUCAACCUCUCUCCGGCCCCGCGAGUUGCAUCUCACCACCACUGUUGCCGAUCAUCUCUGAUCUCAUCAUCUUCACCGAUCACCACCAAACAGCCACUCUCUCUACUCAAAAUCACAGAAAACCUCUUGUAUAUCUUCUCUGUAACAGCCGCACAAAAGGGGCAAAACUCUCAGAAAUUUCCAGCUUGUGCUCUCUGUGAUUAAUGCGGAAACAGCAACGGUAGAGAGGAGAAGAUUCGGGGCAGAAAGGCAGAAGAGAAAAGGAGCUUGGGGUGAUUUCCGGUGUCUUUUCGGUGCUUCUCCGGUGGCUGUUCCUGCCCUGCGGCUUGCUGCUUUUGUCUGAUUUCUCUCGCUUAGGUAUCGAUCUUUACAGAGGAGCUUGAGAAUUGGUUUUUUGCUGGAGGUUCAGGGACUAUACCGUGGGUGGGGUACCCUGGAUCCGAAGCAAAAAUCUAGCUCUCAAUCUUCGUUUCUUUCUUGAUUCAUGCAUUUGUGUUGGUUGUGAAUCUAGAUCUAUAGAAAUGUAAAACUGGUCGAUGAAAUGAUACAUUUUUGUGUUCAGAUUUUACCCUGU